CACUCCUUUCGGCUUUCCUCCAUUAUCGGCCUACGAGCAGACACCCCAAUUUCUCUCGGAAAAUCAGUAAGAAACUUUCAAACCUCUACAAAUUCUUCGGCGUCUCUUUCGGUUUCACAAGAUAAGGUUUGAAAUGUCAUACCGUUCAAAAGAAAAGGUUAGUGCGGUUGAGUUAGAGGACUAUGAGUAUAGAUAUUAUAAAGAGUUGAAGAAAGGCAGCCAUAGGGUUAAAAUUUCUGAUUCAAAAUAUAGAUGUCCAUUCUGCCCUGGGCAAAGAAAUCCAGAUUACCUCUUUAAGGAGCUUUUAGAACAUGCCUAUGGUGUUGGUAGUUCAAAGAGUAGGGGUGUAAAAGAGAAAGCGAGGCAUUUAGCAUUGGAGAGGUAUAUGAGGAGGUAUCUUGAUGUGAGGGAUCAUUCAGAACCUUCACUUACCAAAAAAAAGGGGGAUCAUGCAGAACCUUUUGCUCAAGCUGAAUGUACCAUGCCUGAUGGUGAUCAAGAGUUUGUGUAUCCAUGGAAGGGCAUCAUUGCAAAUAUUAAAACUGAACGGAAAGAUGGGAAACAUGUUGCUGAGAGUGGUACAAAACUCAAGGAAGAGUUGUCAAGGAAUGGGUUUAAUCCUGUGAAGGUGCAUCCCCUAUGGAAUCGUGGGGGUCAUUCAGGUUUUGCAUGUGUAGAUUUUAAAAGUGAUUGGGCUGGUUUCAAUAGUGCAAUGUUGUUUGAGAAGAGUUUUGAAGUCGAUCACUGCGGGAAGAGGGAGUACUAUGCAGCCAAAAAUCGAGGAGAUAAGUUGUUUGGAUGGGUGGCCCGCAGAGAUGACUACGAAUCUGGUGGCCCUAUUGGUGUUUAUCUCAAGAAGAAUACAGAUUUGAAAACUAUUUCUGGAAAAGAAAAAGAAGAUCAAAGGAAGGCGUCAAAGCUUGUAUUAAAUUUAACCAAUACCCUGGAGACGAAGAGCAUGUCCUUGAAAAAGAUUCAGAACAAAUAUCAUCAGAUCAGUGCAUCUCUAGAUAAGGCAAUGGAGGAAAAGGAGGACAUUCUUAAGAAGUACAAUGAAGAAAUGAGAGAGUUGCAGCAGAGUACAAGUAAUCAUCUUGAGAGGAUCUCCUCAGAGCAUGAGAGGGCUGCAUUGCAUUUCGAAGCUCAGAAGCAAGAACUUGAGCAACAUGAGAAGCAAUUGCAGCAACGUGAGGCUCAGAAUGAGACUGAGAGAAGGAAGCUUCGUAAGCUUCGUGAUGAGAAGAUAAUGAAUGAGAGGGCUACCCAAGAGCAAAAGAAGGCCGAUGAAAAAAUGCUUAGGCUGGCAGAGGAGCAAAAUAGAGAAAAGGAAAAACUUCACCAAAAAAUCAUUGAACUAGAAAAGAAGCUUGAUGCCAAACAAGCAUUGGAGUUGGAGAUAGAGCGUUUGAGAGGGGCUUUACAAGUAAUGAAGCACAUGGGUGAGGAUGGGGAUAUGGAAGCAAAACAAAAGAUGGAUGCAAUUGCUAAAGAAUUGAAGGAGAAGGAAGAAGAAUCGGCUUAUGUGGAAGAUCUAAACCAAACUCUCAUUAUCAAGGAACGCAAAACCAAUGAUGAACUGCAGGAUGCUCGUAAAGAGUUAAUCACCGGAUUGAUAAAAUGGACAACCCGUGGUAAUAUUGGCAUCAAGAGAAUGGGAGAGCUUGAACCCAAGCCAUUCCUCACUGCAACCAAGAGAAAAUUUUCUGACGAAGAAGCAGAUGAGAAAGGAGUGGAGCUGUGUUCACUAUGGGAGGACUAUCUUAGGGAUCCAAGCUGGCAUCCCUUUAAGAUCAUCUUGGGCAAAGAAGGGAAGACUAAGGAAAUAAUUGACGAAGAAGAUGAAAAAUUGAAGAAUUUGAAGAAUGAGUUUGGUGAUGAAGUUUACGAGUCUGUGACAAAAGCCUUGAAGGAGAUGAAUGAAUACAAUCCAAGUGGUAGGUACAUAGUACCAGAGGUAUGGAAUUUUGCUGAUGAAAGGAAGGCAACAUUAAAAGAAGGAGUAGAAUACCUGGUGAAGAAGUGGAAAACAUUUAGACGGAAGAAACGUUGAAGGAUUUGUAGCCAGAACUUUCUUUUUGUGGAGGCAUUGUAGAUUUGGUGCUUCAAGAGUUUCAGUUAUUUUGCUAUGCUUGGGUUGUAGGUUGGCUUCUGCCGUUUCUCUAUCUCAUGCAUGUAUAUAUGAGCAACAUUUAGAGUUUCUCUUUUGGUUAUUACUGUCUUUACUAGAAAACAAAGUGGAGAAUGGAUAGAGUCGAUGGGAUGAUAGUUUGCAUUCAUUUGCAUUAGGUAUAUCAGAAUGUUUUAUUAUACACACGUACCUGUGAUCAUUUUUAAAUUACUGAAAGACUAUUAGAUAUCUCACUUGUUAAUAUUCAAUGCAUA